UAGAAAAUCCGAGCUGUACCCAAAGGCAUCAUGCACACAGCCUGCCGUCGGACCCCCGAAGCCUGAGAGCAACAAGCUAUUGGACAACACGCUCCCUGCUGCAGCGACACACACUGAAUUAACGGGACGUUAUAUAUCGUCACUAAACCCUGUUGUGGAAGAUGACGGCGGGUUACAAAGAUGACCAGGAGGACUGGAUGAUGGUGUGUCUCAAGUACCUGCUCUUUGUUUUCAACUUUCUCUUCUGGGUGGGUGGAGUAGCUGUUUUGGGGGUCGGAGUCUGGACUCUGGUGGAGAAGAGUGAUUAUUUGAGUCUGCUGGCCUCCAGCACCUUUGCUGUCUCGGCAUAUAUCCUCAUUCUGGCCGGCAGCAUGGUGGUGGUAACCGGCUUCCUGGGCUGCUGUGCCGUCAUCCGGGAGCAGAAAAGCUGUCUGUCCAUGUAUUUCUUCUGCCUGCUGCUGAUCUUCUUGAUUGAACUGGUGGCUGGAGUACUGGCCUAUGUCUACUACCAGAGGCUGAGUGAGGAGCUGAAGCAGCAUCUCAACCAGACUAUGACUGAUAACUAUGCCCAGCCAGGGCGGGAGGCCAUCACUUUAGCUGUGGACCGACUACAACAGGACUUCAAGUGCUGCGGCAGCAACAACUCCCGUGACUGGAUGGUGAGUGUGUACGUAACAUCAAAGCAGGCCGAGGACAGGCUGGUGCCCGACAGCUGCUGCAAGACCAUCACCCCACACUGUGGCAACAGAGACCACCCCUCCAACAUCUACAAGGUGGAGGGCGGUUGCAUCACGAAGCUGGAGCAGUUUCUGGCCGACCACCUGCUGGUCAUCGGUGCUGUAGGAAUAGGAGUGGCUUGUCUGCAGUUGGCCGGGGCAGUGUUGACCGCCUGCUUUAUCUAUCUGCUCUAUAAAGAAGAGGAGGAGGACUUGGAUACUUUGUGAUUUAGCUCUAGAGCUAACUUUGUGCUUUAAUCAACCGGAGAGACAAGGUCUGUGGCAUGGUGUUCACCAGCUGCUUAUACAGAAGGAUCAAGAUGGACCCUUACUGAGCAACACACCAUCUUCAGCAGGAAGAAAAACAACCUGCUGACACCAACUAAAACCUCCAAAUUUUGAACUCUGACAUUCUAAACCAAAUGAUUGACACUUUCCAGGUCACCCACAUUAAAGUCAGUGCCAUUGAAACCUGAUUUGAUGUUGACUAUAGGGCUGUUAUCGACUCAAGGAAUAUCUUGUAGUCUAACACUCAUUUUGUCAGACAAAUUGAUUCAUUGAUUUAUUUGCAAAUUUGUAAAACUGUUUAUCCAAAAAGAAUUAUGCAUAACACGUAAUCAGUUUGCCUGCUUCUUUGUUGGAAAGAAGUCAUUUAGCAUGAGACAAAUGAAUCAUCUACAUAAAUCGUACCAAAGCUGUAGGUUAGACUAUAGUAAAACAAGCCAACCUUGACACUAACUCAUAAUAUUCUGCUGUGUUCAACUAUUGAUGAGCCAAGAUGAUUUUUCAAUGCGCAGAGAUUUAUAUAUCAGUGUUAUUAUGCUGAGUAAUGGCACUGUUUACACUGGUGUCACUGCCUAUGAAGAAUGGGAAUUUCUGGUUGUAUAUAUGGUAAACACAACGUGCCUCUUCUGCUAGUAUAUGAAUGUUAUUACUUAUGUGCCUGAAAUAUUAAAGGGAUUCAACAGCACUGUGAUUAACGGCAGAAAAUGGAAAUCUAGUUUAGUAUCUUUAUAUUUUUAGUUAUGUCUAUUUUCUGGAAAAUACAGAUUUAUUGAGGAUGGUUAUCAAAAGUGUGUGGCUGUGAAAAAAAUCCACACAUUCUUUAUAACAGUCUAAUAAUUAAAGAAAGUAUUUAUUUUUAAAUGGUUGCUAGAUCCAUGAAUCCAUAACCCCACCUAGUGGUCGGCACUGGACAUUUACCUUACGGUGUGUGAUAUUUAAUGAUACACUUCAACAAAUCAAAUCAGCUAUUCAUCCUUAAUGUGUAAUGCUAAAUAUAUGUUUAUGUGACAGGAAUAUUUUAAUGUGAAUUUGACACUUAUUUCUAUUCUUUCUUGACACCGAGGUUUCUCUACAGGGAAGAAGCGGCCCUUUGUAAGCUAACGAAAGGAGUAUGUUGUUUCCCCCUAGCAAUUACUUCUAAAACAAACAGUGGCCUUGUUGCCAUGUACUGUGUUUCGGUUUUAAGGAUCUAAAAGUUAAUUUCAAUUAGUCUUUUUAAUACAAAUUGUUCUGUAAAUGGACCUGAAUGGAUUUAUGUUUUUACCCUUCAAGUUGCAUUAUAAAGUCAGCUAAUGUAUGUAGAUGGUUGUUGAUGUGCACUCAAUACUGACUGCUAUCCAAACUAUUGAUAUAAAACUCCUUAAUAAAUGUUUAAAUAUUAA